AUGGCGGCGACAAUGGCGGUGACAACGAUGGUGACCAAGAGCAAGGAGAGCUGGUCUCUGCAACUCCCGAAGCUCGCUCACCCUUCGAAGCCACGAGGCGGGAAGACCGAGCUGGAGUUCGCUUGUCGGGCGAUGUUCGCCAGUGUCGGCCUGAAUGCGUGCUCAGGCGUCGCGCCGGGGCACGACCCGCGGGAGCACAACGUGAAGGCUCGACCUGCUGACAACUGCGACAUCGCACGCCAACUUGGAGUCAUCGUGCCAGGGGAACAUGUUAGGGAGGACGCGGAGGAGAUAGCGAAGAAGAAGGGUGGCAAGAAGCAGUUGGUGGGCGGUCUGAGGAAGGUGAGGGUCAAGAUCGCCAACCCGCAUCUGCGGCGCUUGGUUAGCGGUGCCAUCGCUGGUGCAGUGUCGAGGACGUUCGUGGCGCCACUGGAGACGAUCCGGACCCACCUAAUGGUCGGUUGCAGCAAUGCCAACUCCAUGGCCGGGGUGUUCCAAUGGAUCUUGCAGAAUGAAGGGUGGACAGGCCUGUUCCGCGGCAACAUCGUCAAUGUCCUCCGCGUCGCUCCUAGCAAGGCCAUCGAGCAUUUCACCUAUGACACGGCCAAGAAGUUUCUAACCCCCAAGGCCAACGAGCCACCAAAGGUCCCGAUCCCCACGCCGCUAGUCGCUGGAGCUAUGGCUGGAGUUGCCUCUACCUUGUGCACCUAUCCCAUGGAGUUGAUCAAGACCCGGGUUACCAUCGAGAAGGAUGCAUACGACAACGUGGCACACGCGUUCAUGAAGAUCCUUCGUGAGGAGGGCCCAUCGGAGCUGUACCGUGGGUUGGCACCUAGCCUGAUUGGCGUGGUGCCAUAUGCGGCUUGCAACUUCUACGCCUACGAGACGCUCAAACGGCUCUACCGCCGCGCGACAGGGCGACGCCCUGGCGCGGAUGUGGGCGCCGUGGCGACGCUACUCAUUGGGUCGGCGGCUGGCGCCAUCGCAAGCACAGCCACAUUCCCGCUAGAGGUGGCGCGCAAGCAUAUGCAGGUGGGCGCCGUGGGCGGGAGGCAGGUUUAUCGUCAUGUCUUGCAUGCCAUGUACUGCAUCCUCAAGAAGGAGGGCGUCGCUGGACUGUAUCGCGGCCUGGGUCCUAGCUGCAUCAAGCUCAUGCCUGCCGCUGGCAUCUCUUUCAUGUGCUACGAGGCUUGCAAGAAGAUCCUGGUCGACAAAGAGGACGAGAAGGAGGAGGAGGAGGAAGGUGGUGAAGCUAGCAACGGGGACAAGAACAAGGUAGCAUGAUCAAAUGUUGGUAUUAAGACCAUCUUGUUGUGAAGCCUGGGACAAAAAUAAUGGACAAGUAUAUUUGGAGUUCGAUUUGGUUCCUUGGUCUUAUGCUUUGUUUGUAUUCAAAACAAGUUCUAAGUUCAGAGUUGGGGUUUGCGCUUUCAUGUUGCAUGUUUGUAUUAGUACUCUAUUGGGCUAUUGGCCUAUUUGGAGUUCAAUUUGUUGUCAUAUAUGCAAGUUUGUGUUUGUACUAUAUCUUCAUAUCUUAGUUUA